AUGUCUUGGGGGAUCACCAAGCAAUCGAUCUUGGUGUUGCCCUACCAGAUCCUCCACCCGGAAAUGCACAGGCGCUUGAGCAAAUCCAACAUAUCCAAUUGCAAAUGGACGAUGGAAACUCCAUCUCCUGGGGAGCAAGUGGUCACUGUGGCCAUCGAGUCCUUCAGCAACAACGUAUUCAUCAAUUGGCUUGCAGGAGUGGCGAACAAUGGAAGGCUGGGAUGCAUCAUGUUCGAUGAGGCACAUGGGAUCGUAGAAGAUCAACUGUUCCGUCCAGCCUACCUCGAUGCCGUCCGGAAGCUCAUGCAGCUGCAGAAUGCCCCCAUCCUUUUUACGUCGGGCACGAUGUCGCGGGGUUUCACCUGGAAGUUUUGGAAGGCUGCUGACCUCCUGUAUCGUCCAGACCAGUCUGCGGUGGUGAUCCGCACGAGGACCCAACGGCCACAGAUCUUCUACCAGUUCGUGGUACUGGGGAUGGGUCAAGAGCCUUGCAAGACGGAUCUUCCAGACGUCAAGACGGCCUGGAACAUGGAAUGGCGUGCACGGACGGUGGAGGUCAUCCGCCAGGUGGAGGAGGGUCUGAAGGGCGAUGAACGGGGGUUGGUGUUCUUCGUGAGCAAAGAGGAAUGCAUGGAAUGGGCCACGCACUUGCACUGCUCGUACAUCACUGCUGACGUCCCAUCCGAUGACCGUCGUUGCCGUUUCGAUGAUUGGCGUCAAGGGAAGCGACGAAUCCUGUGCCUCAACAAGGCAGGCUACUAUGGCUUCGAUUACCAUGCUGUAGCCUUUUCGAUCUUCGUUGGGCAACCUUUCUCUGUGAACGACUUCUACCAGAGUUCGGGGAGGGUGGCUCGAGGUCUGCAAGUUGGAACGAGCCUUGUGUUGCUUCCAGCUCCUCCGAAGCGCUUUUCCGCCACACAGGAGUGUUUCGAGGGUCGUGUGGCCAUGACGAAGGCCGUUCAACAGUACACGAUGUGCCAUCGGGUCAUGCCUUCGCUGCAUCUGGAUAGCAAGGGCGAAAACUGUAUGGGCCUUCGGGAGUCAGAGCCAGGGACGGUGCUGUGUGUGGCGUGUUACAAGGACAAGAAAGGCAAGCUGGAUGACUAUGAUUUCGAUCUCCGCUGGGGUAAACCUUUCGAAUUGAGGGCGGCAGCGGAUGAUGGGGAUGAGCCCAUGGUGAUAGAUGGAGGUUCGCAGACAUCGAUGCAACCGCAUGGAUCUUGGACACCUUCUUCCACCGAUCGAUCGGCUGGCACUUCAAAGAGUGGGCCUUCGGCCUUGGAGAUCAACGCUUCGCUCCAGCUGUCCAAAUCCAACGCUUCUUCUGCCGUCCCCAUUCAAGGAUGGCAACAAUAUCAGGAGGGAUAUCACGAGUGGAAGUGGAAGCGUGGCCUGUUUUGCACCAAGGGGGACGGUAAGGACAUUGAGGGGUAUUGUUGGAAAUGCCUCCUCAACAUGGACUCUAGUUUGGUGCACACUUGUCCAACGAAGGACGGGUGCAAAUUUCCUGAUAUGAUUCCUGAAAUGGCCUGGAUGGUCCUAGGCUCGGAGGCGCUCCGUAAGGGUCUGGCCAACUACAUUGGUGAUCCCAAGGUAGAAACCAUAUGUGGGUACGAAUCGUGGCUGUUGGGGAGAUGGGAGGGCAAUAAGAAAUGGCGUAACAGUUCCACUCUGCUUGUACUCUUCUUUUACCGAUGUUGCUCAUCAAAAUAG